UACAGUUUUAUUAUCAAUAGAAGUAUGCUUUGCAUACUUCUAUUGAUACCAAUUACAGCGCGAAUUUUACCUGGAAAUUUUGGAGCUUCGCAGUAAUAUUCAAUCCGAUCAUAUUGUUCCUCCCCUUCAUUCUGCUCCAGAUGAGAAAUCCAAGGACCGUGACUUACUUUGCGCGGCAUGAGCCAGGAAAAGGGAAAUGUAAUCAAUUUGAUCACAGUGGACACCGCAUUCUUCGCAUCUGAUAGGGAGAGAACGACAAAGACGAUAACGUGAGGAAACGCGCUACGAAAUACCGCUACAUUGUACUUGCCUUCCGUCAAAUUCAAGAAAGAAAAGCCGGGUAUUACUUGCAGCAGCACGGUCCAUAGUAAUCCCAGCAACAGUAUUGUCAUAAUUAUCCGCCGACGCUUCAUUGCUGAUCCUAGCAUGUCCAUGGAUUGUCCGCUUCCGCCUUUGGAAGAAGACAAAAUUAGUGUAACGUCUUGCCACUUUUCAGCGGCAUGAUAUUGUGUUGCCUUCGAACUGCGUGGUGUUUAUCAGGUCCGAUGUUUUCUUUCGCGCACGUUCGUCCUCACAUGUUACCGUUCCACAACCAGCUGCACUCAUUAAUAAGGAAGGAAGUUGCGCCGCCAUGGUACGGCCACCAAAACAGGCCGCCCGCUGUCCACAGAAGAGAAUUGUGAACGUUGCUCGUAAUAGGAGCCGUUCUAGAUCGCGCUCUUCUAACCGUCAAAUUCGCGCACCACGAAAAAACUUAACCCAACCACCACGUAGGCGGAACGUAAACAUGGCGCGUUCUCCUUCUCCGUCGCCUUCGGGACCGAGCUCUUCAAAUGGUUCUCAAAGGUCACCAUCGCCACCGCGGCGACCCAACCCUCUCUCGGGCAACAGAGGCCAGGCGCUACGCAAGGGAAUUCCCAAGCCCCGACGUCGCAAGCCGGGAGUGUUGGUGCUGCGAGAAAUCCGUAGGUUGCAAAACACUACUUUCAACCUAAUCCCGCGGUUCUCCUUCGCACGCGUCGUCCGCGAAAUAACACAGAAAAUGUUUAAAGCUAAUUUACGCUUUCAAGCUGCCGCGUUGCAAGUGAUACAGGAGGCCGCUGAACAUUUCUUGGUUAGUGUCUUUGAGGACGUGAACCUCCUGGCGAUCCAUGGAAGGAGGAUCACCGUCAUGCCCCGCGAUAUCACCUUGGCUUUGAAACUGCGACGGGAUUAUGGUCACCAAAGAAUGUUGCGCUAUACAACCAACGAAUAAUCAUAAGGAGAUAAAAAGCAGUGGAAGUUCUUUGUCUAUCAUUAUAGUCCAACCUAUUACAUAGAGCAACUGACCUCUACCAUUGUGGGGAAGUGACCUUUUACUCGAUCGUUGAGGCCCUCGUGUUUAUGCUAUUACACCGAGAGACGCCUGGCGUGACUGUGACUGCAAACAGUAACUCCUGAUGCAGUAGUAAUUACACAAUUACGUAAUUCUGUAAAUUAUAUUGUCUAGGUCUGGAUCUGGUAUACGGUAUUCUUGAGUACUUAGUACUUACUAAUU